AUGGCUCGGUCAAGGCCAGCUCAUUCAACCUGGGAGCUGCUGGAAGAUUUCAAGGCCACCUAUCCCAAAUUCCAGCUCGAGGACGAGCUAUUUCGAAAGGAGGAUGGAAGUGUUGUAGACACUUUCAUUGGGAAGCAAUCUGGCAGGAAGAAGAAGAAGGCCCACCUCUAG